CCUGCGCGGCUGCAGGGCGGGCAGCGGGGCGCUGCCGGCAGCCAUUACCGGGAGCGCGGAGCCGCCGCCGUCGCCUUGCCUCGCUCCGCGGCCCCGCCGCCGCACGGGGAGGGGCCGCCAUGGCGGCGUAGCCUCGCCCCCGCCCGCCCUUUCUUCCCCCGCUGCGGCCGCUGAAGGCGCGGCGGCGGCGCGGCCUAGCGCGGAGGGUGGAUCCCCGGCCUCGCGUAGCGGCUGCUGCCCGCCAAGGGCCGCCCUCCCCGGGGCCAUGUCCCUCGUGGCCUACGCCAGCAGCGAGGAGGACAGCGAUGCCGAGGAGCCUGCGGGCGAAGAGGAGGAAGCCGCCGACUCUCCCCCAGCCGCAGCCGAGCAGCCCUCAUCCCGGGGGCUUUUCGCCGCGCUGCCCCCGCCCAGAGCCCCCGCGGUGCCCCCGGCGUUCCUCAUGGGCCCCCCGCCCACCCUGAGCGGCUUCGGCGGCGCCGCGCCGGGCCAGGCCGGGACCGAGAGCCCCUCGGAGCCGGCUGCCAGCGGGGACGGGGCCACAGAGUCCCCCCGGCCGAGGGGGCUCCUGCUGCCGCCCCCCAGGAACGCGGCCACCGCCGCCUCCCCCCUCAGCCCGCCCCCCGCUGCCUCCCCCGGGGCGGGUUUGGGCCUCCCCAAGCCAAAGAAGAGGACGGAGCCGGUGCGGAUCGCGGCGCCCGAGCUGCACAAGGGGGAUUCAGAUUCAGAGGAAGAUGAACCAGCAAAGAAAAGAAAUCCUCUUCAGGGACGCAGCGAAGGCUCCGGCUUGUCCGCUUUGCUUCCUGAGCCCAAAAACAUGACAGUGAAAGAGACCAAUCGCUUACUCCUGCCCUACUCCUUCUCGAGGAAAGCAGGAGAAAACUCCUCCGAGUCCAAGCCUGCCAAGACCCCGAGCUCUUCCUCCAAAUCCAAACCCGUUCCCAAGCCGGCCGUGCCCACAACUCCGUCCCCGUCGGCCAUCAAAGCCGCGGCCAAGAGCGCGGCGCUGCAGGUAACCAAGCAGAUCACCCAGGAGGAGGAGGACAGCGACGAGGAGGUGCAGCCAGAGAACUACUUCUCCUUGUCCGACAGGAGCGAGCCCAGCGCCGUGGGCACCGAGCCCUACCUGUACCCGGGCACGGCGGGGUCGGAGGACCCUCCUCCCGGGACGGAGCCGGAGCCGCAGUUCCAGGACGCGGCCGCUAACGCCCCUCUGGAGUUCAAGACAGGCGUGGGCUCCAGUGGAGUUCAGCACAGCUGGGCACCCAAAGCUGGGGAGGACUACAGCAGCCAGCCCUAUGGGCAGUUCCCCCCCGCCUACGGCGAGCCUGGGGGCUACUACCAGGAUUACUACAGCAGUGGGUACUACCCCGAGGUGGAACCAGCCCAGGCCUCGCCCCAGGAGACCAGCACCGACUCCUCCUUCAUCGACGAUGAAGCGUUCAAACGUCUGCAGGGCAAGAGGAAUCGUGGGAGGGAAGAGAUCAACUUUGUGGACAUCAAAGGUGACGACCAGCUGAGCGGGGCCCAGCAGUGGCUGACCAAAUCCCUGACAGAGGAGAAGACCAUGAAGUCAUUCAGCAAGAAAAAAGGAGAUCAGCCCACAGGACAGCAGAGGAGAAAACACCAGAUCACAUACCUGAUCCAUCAGGCCAAGGAGAGGGAGCUGGAACUGAAAAACACAUGGUCUGAAAACAAGCUGAGCAGAAGGCAGACUCAAGCCAAGUACGGAUUCUGACACAUCUGUCCUGCUCUUUGGCCGGCGUCCCGGGUGACCUGCUGUGUCCGGUGUCUGCUGGCCUCCUGGAGAUCAGCCAGGCCCCAGGAUGGGGCUGGGAGGACACUGCACUCCCUGGCCUGGCAGGAAGAAGGGUCAUUGCAAGCAGGUCCUGAAACUCCACCUGUAAUCCUUGCCCUCCCUCCUUGUAAACGAUAACGUGGGAGGUUCCCGUCAGCCAAGGACGGUCCCGAGGCACCGCGGGGAACGUGCUGGGUGUGAGGCUGCAGCUCCUGUCCUGAGGGAACAGGCUGUGCCUCCUGACCCUUCAGCAGAGGCUCAAUAAACUCCCAGUUCCCACUUUGCUCCUCUCUUGGA